UUUAAACUAAAACUUACAAUAUGGGGAGGGACAGUAGGGCAGAAUGAGAACUCAGUUAUUCGGAUUCCCUCUCGAUCUCUUUCAAUUUCCCUCUCUUUCUUAUGUCAAAACCCAUAAACCCUCUUUCGUCACUCACUCAAUCACUCCCUCAACUCCAUUUUCAAUUUCAUUCCCAAUUUCUUUAAUGCUGGAUACCGUUGAGUUUUGUAAAAUUUAAUACAAGUAGGAUUCAUUAAGGGCAUAAAGUUAGUCAAGAGACCGUGAUACAAUAUGGGAUCCGGUAAAGUUAAAGCAGCUUUCAAAGCAAUGAAGGAUAUUGGUAUUCCUGAAGAAAAAACAAAACCUGCCUUGAAGAAGCUUCUGAAACUGUUUGACAAGAACUGGGAUCUGAUAGAAGAAGAAAACUACCGACUCCUUGCGGAUACUAUCUUUGAAUUUGAAGAUACUGAGGUCGCAGAGAAAGAGAAGAAUAAGGUAUCAGAAUACGUUGAACAAGGGGAGGUAUAUGAGGAAGCAGUUCAGCCUCAAACCCAGGAUGAGCCUGAGAGGCCAUUGAAAAGAUUGCGCUUGAAACACCAAAAUCAAACUGCAUCAUCUCAUGGCCAGAAUGGUUCCUCAUCUACUUGCGCAUUGAAGAUACCUAAGCCAGAGCCUGGGGAGCCCGAAGCUUCUCCGACUCACAUGGCCCAGCCUGUGACAGGAUCUCCGCAGUCUCUUGUGAGAAACAAGGGGAAACAACCUGUCUCCCCUCAAAUUAGUUCAAAAGCUAAAAGACCUCCAUUGGAUCGGCCAUCUCAAGCUUUGCAAAUCAAAGAGCCAAAAGGUGAUACAGGUGUCAUUCCUAAACAAAAGCAGGCUAAAGUUAAAGCCUUGAUAAUUCCCAAAGACGAGCCAUUUACUGAUGAUAUGCCAUCAGUUGAACCUCUUGCUGUAGUACUACCCGAUCGCAAGCAACCAGAGGUUCCUUCUAAUUCUGGCAACCUAGGUUGCAGCCAGGAUGGUCAAGGAAUUGGGGCCUCUAAAUCUCUGGACAUUUUUGAUAAAGGUCUGGGGUUAUCAAGUGGAGAAGGCAACCAUGUGCAGGAACCUGCUGUUUCCAAGAAAAUUCCAGCCAGCAUAAGCAUAGCUGACUCACAUAUAGGAGAAGUGAAGUUACUGUUGAGCUUCGACUCUACACUGGAACAGACAGAUUUUCAUUUUCAAGAUUUACAAGCAAUCCUCAAGAAAGUCGAUGAUAUUUUUCUUGAGAAGUUCAAAAUUAUGGAUCCAGAAUUCUCUACAAUGAAGGUGAUGACAGAGCUUUGUGAAUAUGUUGGGAAGAUGAUCACAGGUGAUGGUUGUGUGAAUCAAGAUAGGUCUAAUCAACAAGAUGCUGGGGUCAUUGAGAGGAAUGGAGUUCAUAGCCUUCAAUCAAAUGGUUCCAUAACUCCAGAACUUUCUGAUAAUGUGGCUGCUGCUACAGAUAUUAAAGAAACUCAUGCUCCCAAUGCAUCACCAGCUUCCAGUAUUGCAGAUAGGGAUCCAAGUGCGGGUAUGAAUGUGAAGAGCUUGGUGGUCGCUCAACAGAAACAGGUAGUUGUUGGUUGUGACGCAAGUGACAUUACAAGGGGCUUAGAAAUGGUUAAAGUUUCAUUAGAAAAGUCAAACAGUGAUUUGCUACCAUUGUUCCAUUAUAUUCCCCAAAAUGUGAUCUCACAUAAUGCUGGGCUUGUUUUUUCUCUUUCUCAAAUUGGUGAACAAGAUAGUUGCCUUUCUUGUUGUGGUGAUUGCUUGUCUUUGUCCCCAUCUUGCAAUUGUACUCAAAGGAAUGGAGGAGAUUUUAUUUACACAUCAGACGGCCUUUUGAAGGAAGUGUUUCUGGAUAUGUGCAUUUCGAUGGUCAGGAACCCUCAAAAAGACUGCCUUGUCUUUUGUAAAGAGUGUCCACUCGAACGAUUGAAAAAUGAGGAUAUGCUCGAUCCAUGUAAAGGUCACUUGAAGCGCAAGUUUAUCAAAGAAUGCUGGACCAAGUGUGGAUGCAGCAAGGAUUGCGGGAAUAGAGUUAUACAGCGUGGUUUGAGUCACACGUUGCAGGUGUUUUGGACUCCAGAAGGGAAAGGUUGGGGUUUAAGGACCAUGGAAGAUAUUCCAAAAGGGUCGUUUAUCUGUGAAUAUGUUGGAGAGAUUUUAACUUGUACGGAGCUCCAUAAGAGGAAUUUGAGGAGAAGCGAUGACAAGCAUUCAUAUGCAGUGCUACUUGAUACAGAUUGGGGUACAAGAGAGUUAAAAGGAUCUGAAAUUCUUUGUCUAGAUUCCACAUAUUUUGGAAAUGUUGCAAGGUUUAUUAACCAUAGGUGUUCAGAUGCAAACUUGAUUGAAAUCCCAGUUGAAGUGGAAACCCCUAGUCACCACUAUUAUCAUGUUGCAUUAUUUACAACAAGAAAAAUUAAUGCCUUUGAAGAGCUUACAUGGGAUUAUGGACUUGAUUUUGAUGAUGGUGAAAGUCAUAUCAAAGCAUUCCGUUGUCUUUGCGGAAGCAAAUUUUGCCGCAACAUGAAACGGUCAAGCAGAUCUAGGUCAACCCUGACUAUACAAUGAAUGUGCUGUGUGUGCAAAGCCUGAGUAGCAAGGUAGUUUAGGUUGUGACGAUUGAUGACUUCUGGUGCUGAUUAUAACUCAAACGACUAAUUUUGGUCCGUUUUGCACUCAACUGGUGUUUAUUGUUUGGACAUUAAAAUGUAGGUUUUGUGAAUAGCUAGUCCUUACAAUUGCCAUGUACAGUGGUUAAUGGCUAUGCAUGCUCAAAGCAUUUUGGGUCGAUUUCAAAAUGCGUUUGGUGUCACAAUUCUAUGCUUUCUGUUUAGCACAUCAUUGUACUUUUUCUUCUAAUGUUGGUAGCUUCUUUUUUUUCUCUUCUAGUAGAAACUGUGGUAGGCUGGUAGCCCUUGGAAGUUGGAUAGUGUUAUGUCAGGAAUUUUUCUCUUCUAUUAAUAAUCAUCAAAGCUGUCCUUAAGGCUAUAACUACCUUCA